AAUCAUAGCUAGCACUCAGGAAGAAGAGCGGAUCUCUCAUUAGCUCGAGCUAGCUUUACAAAUCUUUAUACAGUGCAACACAAAAAGAUGGCGUCGAUCAACCCGUUUAAUCUCAGUGAUUCAGAGGAAGAGGCUGAAUCACGGUGCCCUAAUGAUGAAGAAACAGUUGACACAGCGGAGAGAAGAAGAAGCCCUAGUGAUGGAGCUCCAGGGCCGUCGCCAGGUAACCCGUUCUCUCCGCCCGCGGACGCCGAGGCUCCGACGCUUCUGCUGUCUAGCAACCGCACGAGCCCCAGCGGUGCGGCCAACACCAACACCACCACCUCCGCUAUGGCCGCUGCGGAGACGCGGAUAUCUGUGGAUGGUAUCGCCGCUCAGUUAAUACGGGACCAGUACAUUCUCACGGCCCUGGAGUUUCACACGGAGCUGCUGGAGGCUGGCAGAGAGCUGCCCAGACUGAGGGAUUAUUUCUCCAACCCGGGCAACUUCGAGCGACAGAGCGGCACUCCGCCUGCCAAGGACCAGGUACUCGGACCUGGAGGACCACUGAAUCGAGCAGGCAGCAUCAGCACCUUGGACUCUCUGGACUUUGCCCGUUACUCCGACGACGGCAACCGAGAGUCGGACGAGCGGGUGGCAGUGCUGGAGUUUGAGCUACGGAAAGCAAAGGAUACCAUUCAGGCUCUGCGCGCCAACUUGACUCAGGCAGCAGAGAGCGAAGUGCCCUCUCAGGAGAGAAAAAACUUCAAGUCCAGUCCAGAAAUUCAGGAGCCCAUACGCCCACUGGAGAAAAGAGCCUUAAACUUCCUUGUGAAUGAAUAUUUAUUAAAAAACGAAUACAAACUCUCAUCCAUCACCUUCUCUGAUGAAAAUGAUGAUCAGGACUUCGAGUUGUGGGAUGACGUCGGCCUCAACACCCCCAAACCCCCCGACCUGUUACAGCUCUACAGGAACUGCGGUACCCCCCUCCCUUCUCCUCGGGACACGGUCGAAGUGUCGGUAGGGGUGGAUUUCGGCGAUUUUCCGGGAAACUGCAUCGCCCCAGAGCUCCCAAAGAAGCCUGACCUCUCACAUCAGGUUUGUGUGUCGCAACAGACAGAAGUCGUCCAAGAGUUGGAAUACCAGAUAAGCCUCCUCAACAAUGAGAAGCAGAGCCUAGCCGAGCAGAUCAAGAAGCUGCAGAGUGAGAUUCAUACACUGAAGAGGACUGUGUCCUCCCCACCUCCGGCCACUCUGGACCUGGGCUCCCAGAAUACAUCGAACCCCUCCUCCUCCACCACCACCACUGACCCUCUCUCCGUGCCUCCUACAGAUAACGGCCAGUAUCUGGACAUCCGGGGGGUUUCAGAGCCUGAAACUAUCCCGGACCCUCCCGCUACUCAGAACAUUUCACAGCCUCACCCACAGUCCCACAACAAGCUUAAGAGUCGGCCUCCUGUCCAGUUUGAUCAGCCUAACAGGAAGCUGUCCCCGGCCUUCCUGCAAGCCCUGCUGUCCUUCUGCAGAAUGUGCUCCGACAGCCGCCUGGGAGUAGAGGUGUCUCGUAUAGCAGACAGCGAAGAGAGUGUGAUGCUAAUGCUGGGCCGCUGCCUCCCUCACAUCGUCCCUAAUGUCCUUCUGGCCAAACGAGAGAGAAUGGUUGCACAUCUUUGCCAGGAGUUGAUCCCACUCAUCUUAUGUACCGCCUGCCUUCACCCAGAGCCUAAAGAGAGAGACCAGCUCCUCCACAUCCUCUUUAACCUCAUCAAGAGACCAGAUGAUGAGCAGAGACAAAUGAUCUUGACGGGGUGUGUUGCGUUUGCGAGGCACGUGGGUCCCACGCGUGUCGAGGCUGAACUACUUCCUCAGUGCUGGGAACAGAUUAACCACAAAUAUCCAGAGAGGAGAUUGUUAGUGGCAGAGUCCUGUGGAGCCUUAGCACCAUACCUGCCUAAGGAGAUCCGUAGCUCCUUGGUGUUGUCCAUGUUGCAGCAGAUGCUCGCUGAAGAUAAGGCUGACAUGGUCAGAGAGGCUGUGGUCAAGAGUCUGGGUAUCAUCAUGGGUUACAUAGAUGAUGCUGACAAGUACUCCCAGGGUUUUGAGCUGAUGCUGCUGUCACUUGGGGACCCGUCAGAGCGGGUGGUCAGUGCAGUCCACCAGGUCUUCAUUCCUGCCUUUGCUGCCUGGACCACAGAGCUGGGCAGCCUGCAAACUACACUCAUUCCUUCUCUGUUGGCACGUAUAGAGAAACUACUUAUGCAAGGAGAACACGGUCUGGAUGAACACAAGCUACACGUGUUCCUGUCGGCCCUGCAGUCGCUCAUCCCUCCUCUGUUUGCUGUGGUGCUGCAGAACGCACCCUUCACCAGCAGAGCCAUACUCAACGGAGACAUACCUGCAAUAGAGGUGACCCGGUUCCCCAGGCCAGCUUCUCCCCUCCAGGACGUGGCGACCAUCAUCGGCAGCAGAGAGAUGCUGAGUGCUCUGCUGCUGCUCUACGACUACCAGCUGGAGCAUGAAGGAACCACUGGCUGGGACAGCCUGCUAUGGGUGGUCAAUCAACUCCUUCCGCAGCUCAUAGAGAUCGUCAGUCGUAUCAAUGUGACGUCAACGACCUGCGUACACGAGUUCUCUCGCUUCUUCUGGAGGCUCUGUCGCACCUUCGGCAAGAUUUUCACCAACACUAAGGUUAAACCACAGUUCCAAGAGAUCCUCCGACUAUCUGAAGAGAAUGUCGAUACGUCAGAAGGGAACGAUAUUCUCUGCAAAGCUACAGUUCCUAUCUACGCCACUGGAGUGCUGACUUGUUAUAACCAGGACGAGGAUCGCAAGUUGUUGGUGGGUUUCCUGGAGGAUGUUAUGACAACCUUGUCUCUGUCCCAUGCACCUCUCGACAGCCUGAAGGCCUCCUUUGUAGAGCUAGGCGCCAACCCAGUGUACCAUGAAUUGCUGCUCACUGUUCUGUGGUACGGAGUCGUCCAUACCUCUGCACUGGUCCGGUGUACUGCAGCGCGGAUGUUUGAGUUGGUUCUCCGAGGCAUGAGUGAAGCAUUAGUAGAUCGCCGUGCGGCUCCGGCCCUUAUAACUCUGUGCAGUGGGCCUGAAUUCUCAGUGAGGAUAUCUACUAUCCCUGCCUUUGGUACCAUCAUGGAGACCGUCACACAGAAAGAGCUGCUGGAGCGUGUAAAAAUGCAGCUGGCAUCGUUCUUGGAAGACCCUCAGUACCAAGAUCAGCACUCUUUGCACAUGGAGAUCAUCAGGACGUUUGGAAGAGUUGGACCCAAUGCAGAGCCACGCUUUAGAGACGAGUUUGUGUUGCCACAUCUUCACAAGCUGGCGCUGGGAAACAACAGCCAAACGGUGGAGAACAAGAGAAUCGACAUCGCUACCCAGCUGUUUGAGGCCUACAGCGCCCUCUCCUGCUGCUUCAUUUCCGAGGAGGUGAUGGUGAACCACUUCCUGCCUGGCCUCAGGUGUCUCCGCGCCGACAUGGAGCAGCUCUCUCCUGAACACGAGGUUAUUCUGAGUUCUAUGAUCAAGGAGUGUGAAAUCAAGGUGGAAAACAGAGGAAUGGCAGAUGCACAAGGCUCCAUGUCCAUCGCCUCCAGUUUGGUGGGCGAGGACGCCAAGACCAAGUUCCUGAGCAAGAUGGGUCAGCUGACCACCUCCGGCGCCAUGUUGGCCAACGUCUUCCAGAGAAAGAAGUGAUCACGACACUGACUAAUCGACUGCUGCGACUAACUGACGAUCCCCCGCUGUUUUUUGGGAGCAUUUCAUUCUACUGGGAAAAAGCAUUGGGUUCGGCUUAAAGUAGAACAAAACCACGUGUAUUGUUUAUUCAAUUUCAAGAAGUGAAGGUUUGCUGAAAGUUGAUUUUAAAAUCUCCAGUGCAGCGGGGACUCUUUUUUGCAGUGACAGCUAAGGUUUUCUCCUCUGCUCAUUUUUCCUCUCCUUAAAUCAUGACGAAAGCAUCGUCCAGGACUUUGCGUUCAUGAAUCAGUGUUGUCAACAUUGUCAUUUCAGAAAGAGGCGAGAAGGGAGGAAGACACUGAGCGGUAUUGCGAUGCACCCAGAGUUGAUAGUAAGGGACUUGUUUCUUGGACGUUGUCUGGACUCGAAAGUAUCACAGAAUUUAAUUUGAUUUUCAUCAGAAGAGCUUCACUCGUCUCUAGGAAACAAAACUCUGAGCGCGGCCUGCUGGAAUUUCAUUUUGAAUUUUAAAAACGCCAUCUUGGAGCAAAGAGUUGUGCGAUAGAUGCAUUAACAUUCGUUACGGAAUAACGUCUCUCGUAAGAACGCCUUGUACAGGGUAUCUGUACGGCUCAGAAGUGUCACAUACUUGAAGCUAUAAAAAGAAUUGUCUUGCCUUUAUUUCUUCAAAGUCUGUCACUGUUUUUUUUGUUUGGACAGCUUCUGUUUUAUAACUUAUUUAUGUCUUAAUGAAAAAAAAGAAACAACCUUAUUCCAACUUCCAAAGAAAUUUGCACUUCACUUUACUAUUUUGUUCUUUAUUUUAUAUAUAUAUAUAUAUAUAUAUAUAUAUAUAUAUAAAUAUGUUUUAAUUCAGAGUCUUAUACAUUGAACAUUAUCACUACUGUUUAUGGAUUUUGUUUAUCCGUUUUGGCAAUGUGAAGUUGAAGAGAACACUGAUCAUGAUUAUUCCCUCUCUGUCGGUUGCAUCUUGUCUCUGUGUUGCAGUGUCUCUGAUAAUUGUACUUUUUUUGUUUUCUAAAGUGGGUAUUUGGUUCUAUUUUUUUUUGUUGGUGUUCUUUUUCGAUAUGCUCUAUACGAGAAAACGGUAAAUAACUGUAUCAUACACUGAACUGAGGAGGAUGGUACUCACUAUGUAUAUUUGAAAUCGGUGUCAUGGUGUAAUAAAAAGUUGGAGGUCAGUUGUGUACUUAAAAAUAUA